UUCAGUGUUCACAGAAAGAAAUAAUAAAAUUGAUUACGAUAUAAUAAACAAAUUCAUGGCAUGCCAUGGCAUAACUAUUGAAUCUAAUAAAAUAUUUUUAGUUAAUUUCUUCAUCAAUAAGGAGAAAUAACAUUUUGUAUUUAUUUAAUUAUUUAUAUAGUUCUCAUUUUAAGAUGUUCCACACAAGAAAAUUACAGACGCAAUUAAAAAGAAUUUAUUAUUUUAUUUACCGAUUAUGUCGGGUCGUGUGCACGGCCAUUGGUGUUGCGAUUGCAGAGCUCCGGUUCACUUACAAGGCGAAGAUCCAAUCUGCCCAAACUGCAAUAGUAGAAUUUCCGUUCUACAGCUACAAGAAGGUACUAUUCAUUCGGGCGACGACACUGCUUCAGAAAACGGGCCUCCCUACAGCCCGGGCCCACUUCCCGGCUUUCUCGAUGCAUUUGGAAGGAUUCUACAAAUAGGGACCACUUUCGCUCAUACAGUUAGGCCCAUGAUAAUCCCACAACCGGGCCCACUUCCCGGCCCGUUCCACACGACUCCGAGCCAUAUGCCGUUUCACAGCCCAUUCCCGCAUUACGACCCGUUUCCGUACUACGACCCGUGUAUUCAACCCGAUUAUUUUCGUCAUCCUGAUACGGAGCAAUCGAGUGCGAGUGGUGAACAACUUUUGUCUACUCCUACUCCUGCUGCUCCUUCUGCUGUUCUGGAUAGUUUGCGCGUUGUUAGAAUUAACAAAAAGCGCGUAAAUAGCGAAGCGCGGUGCCCAAUUUGUCAGGAGAAAUUCAAGUUGAGGGCUGAGGCGAGAAAGUUGCCGUGCAAACAUCUUUACCAUUCGGAAUGCAUCGGGCCUUGGCUUGCGGACCAUAAUUCGUGCCCCGUUUGCCGUUUUGAGUUGCCACGACGCGAUUCCUAA